UUUUACUAAAACAUGGUAUAAAAGCUAAGGUAAUUUAGUGCACAGCAACAGACAGUGAAGUGACAAGGCAGUCGCAACUUAGAACUCAGUCCCAGGAAGCAGCCUCUACACACACACGCGCUUUACUCUUAAGCCAAACUUCGAAAUGUUUAAGCCAAUUGUCGGUUUGCUAUUACUGGUCGCGCUUUGCGCUGCCGAAACCCCAACGCGCUACCGCACAGCGGCACGUCGCCCCGCCGGCGUCCGUGUACGCUUCCUUGCACGCCAAGAGGUCACACCCGCACCUGCACCGACGGGUUAUCCAGCUGCAGGUGUGACGCCUGAAAUUCCCUUCGACUUGCCCUCAUCAACUGUCAAGCCGGAUGUAAGCUACUUGCCACCAGAUAAUACCUACGGUCCACCGUCGCCACCGCAACCGGACGCUACCUAUGGCCCACCAGCGCCACAUAGCACUUACGGACCACCGACUGAAGCGCCUGUCACGCCAGCUGCUGUAUACAGUCCACCGGACAACAGCUACUUGCCACCCGAACAAAGUGUCACCGUACGCGAUGUGAAUUUAGCGGUUGAUGUGGCUGCAGAGGAAGAGGAAGAAGAAGCAAACGUUGAAGAGCAGCAGCCCAGUGAACCACAGCCGGAAGUUAGUGAUGAGCCCAAAGAGGUAGUAGAGGAGGCGCCCGUUGAAGAUGAAGGCGAGGAACUCUACGUUGCAGUUGCAGAGGAUGGCUCCGUCAUUGCGGUGAGCAACUCAUUUGAUGCCCAGGAAGAGGCAGCGGCGCAGCAGUCAGCACGUUUGGUCUUCCAACGUUUCCCACAAGGCAGGCGCCGCGCACCGACUAACGCGCCCGUGCCCGUGCCCGUGCGGCUGAUUAAGGCGCGUCGUGUAGCGCCAGCUAAGUUGCUGCAGCGUGUGCAACCGCAACCAAAGCCACAGCCGCAGGGUUUCUCGUUCGCCUCGCAGUACACCGCCUGGUAGUUAAUUAAGGCAUUUAAGUUUAGACUCGUCAACUGCGCGUGGGCACAGUGUUAGUUCAAUUUAGUAUAGUGUUGCGGUAAACAGUUUUAAAUACAAUAAACAAUAAUAAAAAAUAAC